ACACCAGCCCCCGCCCCUCCCCGCCCCCCUCCAAUCCAAUCCCCAACCCCAACCCCAACCCGACGAGCGCCGCCGCCGCAGGACGAGUCGUAGGCCGCCGCCCCGCCCUGUUCCGCUCGGGAGCUCGCCGGAGUAGCAGCGCCUCGCCGGUUCUCGGGGUCUUAGAACGGAGCCGGAACAAGCGCGACCCAUGGCGACCAGGCACAACCAGCAGAACGCGGCUGCCGCUCCGCAGCCGGCGGCCAACAGAGGUGCCGCAGGGAAGCAGAAGGGCGCCGCCGCCGGCCGCCCCGCUCCCGGAGGAAACAGGCGGGCGCUCGGGGACAUCGGCAACGUCGUCCACGCCCACGUCCUCGACGGCAAGAUCCAGCUGCCGGCGGGGAUCAAUCGCCCGAUCACCAGGAGCUUCGGCGCUCAGCUUCUGAAGAAGGCCCAGGCCGAGCCAUCAAAGAACGGCGUAGCUGUUCCUCCAGCAGCGCGGGCCGCGCCGAAGCUGGUGGCCAAGAAGGUCCCUGUCAAGCCCGCCGCCGUCCCUCGCCCUGAGCCGGCAGCCGCCAAGAUCGUCACCGGCUCCGACGAAACCAGGAAGCCAUCAGAGGUCUCUGCCCCCAAGACCUCGAGGAAGAAGGUCGUUCACACCCUCACGACCGUGCUCAACCAUCGGUCCAAGGAGGCCUCAAUCGACGAUAUUGACAAGCUCGACGGCGACAACGAGCUCGCCGUCGUCGACUACAUCGGCGACAUCUACAAAUACUACAAGGAGGCACAGCACGAGUGGCGGCCGAUAGAUUACAUGGGCAGCCAGACUGAGAUCAACCCCAAGAUGAGGGCUAUCCUGACAGAUUGGCUAGUGGAAGUCACCCACAAGUUCGAGCUCAUGCCCGAGAGCAUGUACCUGACGAUCUACGUCAUCGAUCGCUUCCUGUCCCUGCAGGCGGUGCCGCGGCGGGAGCUGCAGCUCGUCGGCAUCGCGGCCAUGCUCAUCGCCUGCAAGUACGAGGAGAUCUGGGCCCCUGAGGUAAACGACUUCAUAUCCAUCGCCGAUAACUCCUACUCGAGGCAGCAGAUCCUGUCCAUGGAGAAGAAUAUCCUGAACAGCAUGGCGUGGAACCUCACCGUCCCCACCCCGUACGUCUUCCUGGUGCGGUUUACCAAGGCCGCCGGGAGCGACAAGGAGCUUGAACAUAUGAUCUUCUUCUUCGCCGAAUUGGCGCUCAUGGAGUACGGCCUGGUGACGGUGCGCCCCUCGCUGGUGGCAGCUUCUGCCGUGUACGCUGCCCGGUGCACGCUGAAAAGAAGCCCCAUCUGGACUGAAACCCUCAAGCACCACACCGGAUUCGCUGAACCGCAGCUCCUGGAGCCUGCAAAGAUGCUGGUCAUGGCACACGCAGCUGCUCCGGACAGCAAGCUCAAGGCCAUCUACAAGAAGUACUCGUGUGAGCAGUACGGGCGUGUGUCCCUGCGCGCCCCAGCAGUGGCCGCUCCUCAGCGCCUGGCCUAGUCUGCUUUAGGAAUUGCUGCUCGGCUUUCGAUCUUGAAAGCUUGGUUACUUACUGUGUUACUGUCUGAUAUGAUACACCAGGGUGUAAACAACAACUAUAUUGAGUCCAUUCAUAUCAUAUAUUUUAGCGAUUUGCUUGGCUUUCGAAUCAAGAGAGCUGGGUUUACUUACUCUGAGUGUAACAACAACAAUUCAUACUAGUUUGAAUCGAAUUCAAAGUAUUCUUGUUCA